AUGAAUCAAGGCUAUGGAGGAGGCGGCGGGCAAAACCCUCAGGACAAGAAGCGCAUUCGCGAGGCGGAAAUGCGCAAGCUCUACGCGAAUUCCUGGGCGGUAGAGUUGAUGAAAGCACCGUGUGCGAGACCUGGAUUUUGUCUCUACGCUUCGCUCUGUUCGCCGUGCGUUGCCUGGCAACAGAGGAAGAAACAGAUGUACGGGUCGUUGCAAGGGUACACGUGCUGUAACGGAGGAAGCUGCAUUUCCGGUCGGUGUGGCGAGCAGAACAAUCCGGAGUUAUGUUUAGCGUGCGAAGUGUUCUGGUGUUUUCCGAGUAGCGUUGCGACGACCAGAUUCUUAAUUCAGGACGAACAGCGAGUGAUGAACACGCAGUGCGAUAACGGCAUCAUCGGAUUCAUGUUAUUGAUGAACCAACUCGCGUGCAUCUUCAGAGUGGCAGCAAUGGUGUCCAACGACGAUUCCAUCGAGCAAGCUGCGGACAUAUUGGAUUGCAUCUCCGAUAUGACGUAUUGCUCUGUGUGCGCGUGCAUGCAAACGCAACAAGAGGCGCAAAUUGACUUUAGGAACGAGAGCAUGACGCCGCAGCAACAAGUGUUCCAAGCUCCGCAAGUCCAACGAAUGGCGGCAUACGAAACACAACCGGGAAUGUAUGGUGCGGCGCCGCCUCAGCAACCACAGCAACAGCAGCAACCACAACCACAAUACCCAAAAGUUUAA